AUGUGGAAUGUCGCAGCUUGGGCACAACUGAGCACCAUCCCCCCGCUCGUUGUACUCCAACUCCUCCCUCUUCUUCGACGGCGUGAUGAAGAUGUAGCAUCUCGAUCCAAUUGGUCUAAAGCUUUGGAUCGUGUGGCAUGGCGGCUCCAGGAUGAACUGGCCUACAGCUGGGGCACCAAUAUUGAGUGGAUUUUUGGUAUUGGCUGGACACUGUUUUUGAUCAUGCUUGCACUUGCUGGUACUGGAGGAAGUAUGCGCUUCACCCCAGACCCCUUCGCCCUGUCCAUGUAUCAAUUUGUUAACACCAGGCAAGAUUUCAUCCAAUUCACCCGCCACGUCGGUCUGGUCGCUGUGUCACAGCUUCCCACCUGUACUUUGCUUGCGGUCAAAACGCAUUGGUCGCCGUUCCAACAGCUGCUGAGAGUCUCUCAUCAAGAACUAGAUCCUUUUCAUCGUGUUAUUGGUCGGGUCAUCGUCUUCCUUGGGGUACUGCACUCCGUCAUGUACGUGGCCUUCUUGGCGAAAACUCAACGCAUGGCGAGAAGGAUCCAGGAUUUCGAAGUCGUGCUGGGCCUCUUUGCGGGCCUGGCCCUCAUCCACGUAGGCGUCUUGAGCUCGGCAAAAGCGCGCCGGCAAAGUUAUCAAUUCUUUGUUGGUAUGCACCAUGUUAUGGUCCUCUCUCUUCUGAUUUUGUUGUUCUUCCAUGUGGCUUCGACUCGACUCUACGUCUUGGAGAGUGCGCUGGUAUAUGUCAUCAACAUGGUGUCCCGGGGUCGAGCGACGAACAUUGUGGAGGCGGAGAUCAUCCCUGAUGCACAUCCAACGGUUACUAGCAUCUCGGUCUUGAACAAGGCCGGCCUUGUAUCAUCGUACUCAUCCGGAACCUACGCGUAUCUCUCACCGAAACACAAGACUCUUCGGGCGAAUCUGUGGGCCCGGUUCUUUUCCAACCCUUUCACAGUUGCCGUGAAUCCCCGAGCAGGACGAUUAGAAUUCCACAUCAAGAACCGCGGAGCUCGAACGAACGCACUCCGGGGUCUCCCUGAGAAGGCUCGAUUGGCAGUUGAGGGUCCUUACGGUACUGGAAUAUUCUCCGAGGCUUUGUGUUCAGAUACGGAUCGGGUGUUGCUUGUAGCCGGGGGAAUUGGAGCCACGUACGCCUUGGCAGUGGCCGAAACAAUCGUUUUGAAGCUGGGAGACCACGACCUAUACUCUGCCCGGAGACGUGUGCAGGUGGUCUGGGUGGUUCGCUCGCAUGAUGACACUUCAUGGGGACCUGGCCUUUUCGAACCUCAGAAGAGCGACACAAAACGUCCUACAUUGGGCGAUGUCACCACCAUCUUUGUCACCGGGUCGAACAGAAGGAACCAAAAGGAGGAUGAUGAAGACUUGAGCGCCUUGCUAGACAGCGAAGAAGACUCGGUUUCGCUAGAGCCUCGAGGCGGAACCGGUGGGCAACUCUCCCCGCAGACUCGUUUAGGCAGACCAGAUCUGAGAGCCAUUGUCGACGACUUCUUCCGGGAUAGUUCUGAAAAAGAACGGGUUGCAGUUCUAUCGUGUGGACCAGUUGGUAUUUGUAGGGAUUUGAGAAGAGAAGUUGGGCGUUUUGUGGCGAGAGGAAGAGAGGUGAGGUGGCAUGAGGAACGGUUUGGGCAGUGA